CUGGGAAAUGGGCUCACGAGAGCUUCCCCACAGCCUCCUGCGGGCCGCCCGGUCCCCCACGGGGGCCCUGGAACCCCUGAAGCACUCGGCCCGGGCCGGCCACCCCGACCACCUCGGCCUCCCGAGUCUCCACCUGGCCCUGACCCUUCGGAGCCCCCACAGCAGCCCCCGGGCCCCAGCCUCAGCCCCCGGCGACCCCCAGGCCCUGGGCCCGAAGGCCAGGGAGACGGAGGCCUGGGAGGAGCCUGUGGGCCUGCCCGGGCUCCCGGUGGCCAGGCGGGACCAGCAGGAGGGGGCGCUGCCCCUGCUCCUGGCCCGGCAGCUGCGGGCGUGGCCGGGCGGCACCGGGCCGAGGGGCCAGCCCAUGCCGGGGGAGGCGCCCCCCUCUCCACCCACUGGCCCCGACUCAGAGGGCCCAGAGGGGCCCGCAGCUAGGACGGGCCUGAGCAGCCCUGGGGGCGAGGAGGACACAGACAAGCCCCUGGACCUCUCGGAGAGGGCGCGGGGCCGGGGCCCCCCCACGCCCGCCGUCCAGCCGGGGAUGCGGAGCCCCCCUGCAGCCCACGCCCCCAGCCCCAGGCCGCUCCUGGGGGCCGAGCCCCCGGCCCUGCCUCGCAGCCCCUGGGCGCUCAGUGGGGGCAUCCAGGGAGCCAGGACACCGGAGCCAGAGGAGCCCCCCGCGGUCAAGGGGCGCCGGCCCAGCCUGCCCUCUCCGGGCCGGACCCCAGGCGAAGCCAGAGGGAGGCCAAGACCGUACCUGGGCCCCCAGGGCCCCCAGGCUGACAGCCCCCCAGAGCCCCGAGCAGCCCACGGCCUGCGGCUGGACUUGGACACUUCGGACAAUGAGGUGGGCCUGAGCCCCCCGUCCAGCCUGCCAGGGGCAGGGCCCCGGUGCGCCUGUGGCCAGGAGCGUGGGCCGGGCCAGCAGCGGAAGAGGAACCUCCGAGAAGCCGUGUCCCGAGAGGAGGAACCCCGGGGGGCCCCCAACAGAGGCCUGGGGGCCCAGGAGCCCGAGGGAGCCUGUGGAGGGCAGCCACUCACUGGACACCAGCAGCUGCGAGGAGGCCUAGCGGGCAGCGGGACCCCACGCGCCAGCCAGCCCCACAGCGAGCUGCUGGGCAGGGCCGGAGGGGCAGGGGAUGCCAAGGAGGCCUCCGAUCACCUCUGA